AUGCGCAGGAGCGCCUCGGUCCUUGGCGCGAUUGGCCUGGCAGGUGCAGCGGCCGCGUCUGAAGACUCCAUCUCCUGCGACAGCGGCGAGCGGUUUCGUCUCCUGGAGCCACUCCGGGGAGUGGCCUCCCCUGGGAGCUGCAGCUGGCAGCCGGUCGAAGGCGCCUCAUUCCUGCCGGGCUACGCUGGAGGCGCGCCUGUUGCGGCCGGGUCGCUCGCCACCGCCAAGGCCCACUGUGAGCUGCUCGGUUCCAGCUGCUCCGGGAUUACCUGGCAGCCAUGCAGGUGGAACAGCGUCAUGCUCUACUCCUUGCGAGAGGAGGCGGAGCCCAAAGUGAGUCCACAGGGCGAGAUCUCCUGGCUCAAGCUUUGCGGCGCUGUGGAGAGUGGAGACGAUGGCUGGCAGGAGCCCCCAGGGCCGCCUGGAGUGGAGCAAUGCGCUGAGGGCUUCCAGGCGCUGCGGGUGGCUGCGGAAGAGUUCUACGACUCGGGCGUGGUGAAUGUCAACCUUCUCAUCAACAUGGGAAACGUCUUGCGUGCUGCAGCCAGCUCGGGAGGAUGGCACCACAUUGCGGCACACUGUGUACCUGCCGUGCUGCAGACCCUCUUGCUUCGAUUGGAGGAGCGAUUCUUCAUAGACCACACCGAGCAGUCAAGCCUUGAGGAAACCUACUUUGACAUCCUGCACCACCUCCUUUCAAUAGGAGACUCCCACGUCGUCGUGGCAGAAACGGCUCGCUGGCCCCUCCGCCGAGGAUGGAACCGCAUUCAGGGGUUGCGUCGGAGACUCCAAAGCCCUGUGGAGACUGGGGAGGGGCAGUCAGUGGAUUUCGUCCUCUGCUUCUGCAGCGUGGCGCGCUCGCCAGGUGGAGGCUAUCCUGCUGUCGAGGACGAGCUGGGGUGGCUUGCGGAGCUGCUAGCUCCAGAGGCAGAUCUCCAUCGGAACAGCACGCGAAUCUAUGUCAAGGAGAAGUGCGGCGACGCUGCGGCACCCGGCGCCGAGGAGUCCCUGCGUCCAGCUCUGCUGCCCUUUGCGCAUGUGGUGGAAGUGGUGCGAGUCGACGACGAGCUCCGCGCGGACGAUGCCACGGCCUAUCUUCAUCACCUCGCGGGUUCCAACUACGAUGACCUGGCGGCUUGGACUUUUUUCCUCCAUGCGGAUGCCCCGGAGCAUGUGCAUCCCUUCCGCCUCCUGGAGGAGGUCCUGGCAGCCGCACGGAGUGGGAUGCUCCAGGAGGACACCUUCCCGUUCCUCUACCUCAGCCACAACUACCUGGAUCUGGGGACGUCCUUGCACACCUGGGACAACUUCGCCUCGCCAAGGCUGUGGAGGCGAAUCUUCGGCAGCACGCUGGCGCCGCCCAGGGAGGCGGUGAAGGGCUACUGCUGCGUGCAGUUCUUGGUGCCCCGACGCCGGGCGCUGCUGCGGGCGCGCGAGUGGUAUGCCGCGGCCUUGUCCUACUUUGCCUCAGCAGCAUCCUAUUUCGACCUCUUCCCCUGGAGUCGACUGGUGACGUGGCAGGACCUCACCUGCCGAACUCCCGCACAGUUGUGGAUGCCAUGGUGGCACGUGGUAUUCGGCGAGGAGCUCGCGUGCCCGGAGCGCCACCAGGAUCCACGGCUUCCCCUCUUCGUGCAGCUGAGGAGCAUUCCGCCCGAUCGCAUCCAUUGCUGCUGA